AGAAAAGGACAUGCGCUCGAAUAAACAGCAGAAGCGCGAUGAUUCUGAUCAUAAUAAUACCGCAUCUGGGAGUUUUCUGCCUGCCUCGGUUCACGGCUAUAAACAGCAUGUAGCAGCAGUGAGGUCAUUCCUGCCCGACAGAGCGGCACAGAGACCGCUUGAUCUGAGGUUAUCAGAUGAACUGAAGAAAGCUUUGAAUGUGGACUCCAUGAAACCAAACCCGUCCAGAACCGGUACAGAACUCUGCGAAAUAUCACCCUGUUUUCCUGCUUGA